AAGCUCGGUAGGCGGCCGGCCGGGUAGUGCAGGGCGCGCCGGGGUUGCCUGCGGCGGCGAGGGGCGGAGCGCAGGAGGCGGAGGCGGGAGCUGAGCUGCGCUACCGCCCGGAGACGCGGGGAGCCGGCGGGCCGAGCGUGACGGGCCCCCCGCCGUCGCCCUCCUGCUCGCUCUUCGCAGGACACCGCCGGGCUCCGUGUGGCGCCGCCAGCAGCUCCUGUCCGCUCAGGCGCGCGGGGCGGCCCUGCAGCCCCGCGAAUGCUGCUGCUUGGGGUGGUGGGAGCAGCCGUGGGACGCGUGGCCGGGAGAGGGGGUGACAGCCUGGGAUUCCGGGGUCUUCUCUUCCUUGUCCUCUCCUCUCUAUUCCCAGUGUGGCCGUGGCUGACACUAAAGACUUUGUAGCCAUCAACCCGAGUGCAGUUUCGAUGGAAGAUGAAGGUUGCACGUUUUCAAAAAAUACCUAAUGGUGAAAAUGAGACAAUGAUUCCUGUAUUGACGUCAAAGAAAGCAAGUGAACUACCAGUCAGUGAAGUUGCAGGCAUUCUCCAAGCUGAUCUUCAGAAUGGCUUAAACAAAUCUGAAGUUAGUCAUAGGCGAGCGUUCCAUGGCUGGAAUGAGUUUGACAUCAGUGAAGAUGAGCCACUGUGGAAGAAGUAUAUUUCCCAGUUUAAAAAUCCCCUUAUUAUGCUGCUUCUGGCCUCUGCAGUCAUCAGUGUUUUAAUGCACCAGUUUGAUGAUGCCGUCAGUAUCACUGUGGCAAUACUUAUUGUGGUCACUGUGGCCUUUGUUCAGGAAUAUCGUUCAGAAAAAUCUCUUGAAGAAUUGAGUAAACUUGUGCCACCAGAAUGCCAUUGUAUACGUGAAGGAAAAUUAGAGCAUGUACUUGCCCGAGACUUGGUUCCCGGUGACACAGUUUGCCUUUCUGUGGGUGACAGAGUUCCUGCUGACUUACGCUUGUUUGAGGCUGUGGAUCUUUCCAUUGAUGAGUCUAGCCUGACAGGAGAGACAACUCCUUGUUCUAAGGUGACAGCCCCUCAACCAGCCACCACUAAUGGAGAUCUUGCAUCAAGAAGUAACAUUGCCUUCAUGGGAACACUGGUCAGGUGUGGCAAAGCAAAGGGUAUUGUCAUUGGAACAGGAGAAAAUUCUGAAUUUGGGGAAGUUUUUAAGAUGAUGCAAGCAGAAGAAGCACCAAAAACUCCUUUGCAGAAGAGCAUGGACCUCUUAGGAAAGCAACUGUCCUUUUACUCCUUUGGUAUAAUAGGUAUCAUCAUGUUGGUUGGCUGGUUACUAGGAAAAGACAUUCUGGAAAUGUUUACUAUCAGUGUCAGUUUGGCUGUGGCAGCAAUUCCUGAAGGUCUGCCUAUUGUGGUCACAGUGACACUAGCCCUUGGUGUUAUGAGAAUGGUGAAGAAAAGGGCCAUUGUGAAAAAGCUCCCUAUUGUUGAAACUCUGGGCUGCUGUAAUGUGAUUUGUUCAGAUAAAACUGGAACGUUGACAAAGAACGAAAUGACUGUUACACACAUAGUUACUUCAGAUGGUCUGCAUGCUGAGGUUACUGGAGUUGGUUACAAUCAGUUUGGUGAAGUAAUUGUUGAUGGUGAUGUUGUUCAUGGAUUCUAUAACCCAUCUGUUAGCAGAAUUGUUGAGGCGGGCUGUGUGUGCAAUGAUGCUGUAAUUAGGAACAACACUCUAAUGGGAAAACCAACUGAAGGAGCCUUAAUUGCUCUUGCUAUGAAGAUGGGUCUUGAUGGACUUCAACAAGACUAUAUCAGAAAAGCUGAAUACCCCUUUAGUUCUGAGCAAAAGUGGAUGGCUGUUAAGUGUGUACAUCGGACACAGCAGGACAGACCAGAGAUUUGUUUUAUGAAGGGUGCCUAUGAACAGGUGAUUAAGUACUGUACUACAUACCAAAACAAAGGGCAGACCUUGACACUGACCCAGCAGCAGAGAGAUCUAUACCAGCAAGAGAAGGCACGGAUGGGCUCAGCGGGACUCAGAGUUCUCGCUUUGGCUUCUGGUCCGGAACUGGGACAACUGACCUUCCUUGGCCUGGUGGGUAUCAUUGACCCUCCGAGAACUGGUGUGAAAGAAGCUGUUACAACCCUCAUUGCCUCAGGAGUCUCCAUCAAAAUGAUCACUGGGGACUCUCAAGAGACUGCAGUUGCAAUAGCCAGUCGUCUAGGAUUGUAUUCUAAAACGUCUCAGUCAGUGUCUGGAGAAGAAAUAGAUGCUAUGGAUGUCCAGCAGCUUUCACAAAUAGUACCAAAGGUUGCAGUAUUUUACAGAGCAAGUCCAAGGCAUAAGAUGAAAAUUAUUAAGUCUCUACAGAAGAAUGGGUCAGUUGUAGCCAUGACUGGAGAUGGAGUAAAUGAUGCUGUUGCUCUGAAGGCUGCAGACAUUGGAAUUGCAAUGGGCCAGACUGGCACAGAUGUUUGCAAAGAGGCUGCAGACAUGAUCUUAGUGGAUGAUGAUUUCCAGACCAUAAUGUCUGCAAUUGAAGAGGGCAAAGGGAUUUAUAAUAACAUUAAAAAUUUUGUUAGAUUUCAGCUGAGCACGAGUAUAGCAGCAUUAACUUUAAUCUCAUUGGCUACGUUAAUGAACUUCCCUAAUCCUCUCAAUGCAAUGCAGAUUUUGUGGAUCAAUAUUAUUAUGGAUGGACCCCCAGCACAGAGCCUUGGAGUAGAACCAGUGGAUAAAGAUGUCAUUCGCAAACCUCCUCGAAACUGGAAAGACAGCAUUUUGACAAAAAAUUUGAUACUUAAAAUACUUGUUUCAUCAAUAAUCAUUGUUUGUGGGACUUUGUUUGUCUUCUGGCGAGAGCUGCGAGAUAAUGUGAUAACACCAAGAGACACAACCAUGACCUUCACAUGCUUUGUGUUUUUCGACAUGUUCAAUGCGCUAAGUUCUAGAUCUCAGACCAAGUCUGUAUUUGAGAUUGGACUCUGCAGUAAUAAGAUGUUUUGCUAUGCAGUUCUUGGAUCCAUCAUGGGACAGUUACUUGUUAUUUACUUCCCUCCACUUCAGAAGGUUUUUCAGACUGAGAGCCUAAGUAUACUGGAUCUCUUGUUUCUUUUGGGUCUCACCUCGUCAGUGUGCAUAGUGUCAGAAAUUAUAAAAAAGGCGGAAAGGAGCAGGGAAAAGAUGCAGAAGAAUGUUAGUUCGACACCAUCGUCUUUUCUUGAAGUAUGAUGCAUAUUGCAUUUUUUUUAUUUUCAAACUAGGAAUUGCAGUCUGAGGAUCAUUUAGAAGGGCAAGUUCAAGAGGAUAAUGAAGAUUUGAGGACUUUUUAACUUUUCAUUGACUAAAAAUGAACAUUAAUGUUGAAGACUUGAUCUGAAACUAUAACCUGUUGGCAGUCCCAAACAAAAUUAUGCAACUUUGAUAACAUGUUCCUUGACUUAAAUUGGCUUUUGCAGUUGAGUGAAACUUUAUAAACACAUGGGCAGUUAUUUAAUUAAAAAUUAUAAAAGACAAAACCUGAACCACCUUCUGCACUUAAAAGAGUUCUAAUGUACAAAUACACUAUCUAUCUUAGAUAGAUAUAAAUAUUUUUUUUAUUUUUAAAUAUUGUACUAUUUAUGGUGGUGGGGCUUUCUUACUAAUACACAAAUAAAUUUAAUCAUUUCAAAGGCAUUCUGUUUGGUUUAGAAGUUAAUUGCCAGGAGUGCCAUAUUUCAGCUACUGUAUUUAAUUUAAUGUAAGCAGAUCAAAUACCUUGUGCUACCAUUUUUGUAUUUCAUGUUUUUUGCAGAGGAUGUGACCACUGUCGGAUCACUGUUCUUUUCUUUGUUUUUGUGAUUGAAAAGCAUAUACUGAAAUUGAAGUAAAUGUUUUCUUUUCUUAGUAAGUGUAAAUUUUUUUUUGUUCCUCUUCUUUCUCUAUGAAGGUGUGAGUCUUUAGUUCAGUAGAUUAGUGCAGGGCUAUUACUGGCAUUCUAGUUAGAGUAACCAUAAUUAACAGUCAUAGAGUCCAAACCCGUUAAGACUGGGGUGAAAUUUACAACAAAUUAUGUUAAUGGUUUUUCUCCUUUUUAGUUAAAUACAAAUGUACUUUGUCAGUAUCAUCUUGCCAUUCCCUGACUAUAAAUCUAAGCACGUUGGCUCAAUGACUGAGCUUUAUCACUGUUUCAUAUGUCUAGUUUUAAGCCUAUUUCUUAGGAAGUGUAGACUACUAUAUUUACAGCAUAAAAAGGUCCCAAACUGUAAUAGAAGGCUUAUAAACUGGAGUGCACAUGGAAGAUCCUGUGCUGGCCUUGCUCCUCUGAAUCUUCUAGGCAGUUAUUCUGGCCUAGAUGGUAGUGGAACCCUGAGUCUGUCUCUUCUGCCAUUUGUUCUCUAUCAUCUCAUGGGGCAUGCUUGGGAAAUAGAUGGGUUUGCUUUGUGUAAUGCCAUCAAUUUUUAUAAAAGCUUGACAAAGUAAAGGUAAGUGUUGAGUUUUGUAUUUCAUAAAUUGUCAGAAUAAACCUUUCCUAAACUUGUCCACUAUUAAAUGGAGAGUGUUAGCACUGAUACACUGUUAUUGAUCGGAAAAUGCCAUUAUUUGAGUCUUUACUACUGAAGUGUGAGCCUAGAAGCUUAGAUGUCUGCCCUCUGUCCUUAUUCUUUCAGGCUGAAUUGUCAAGCCAACAUUGUUCCAUUUCAUUAGAUGGAACAUGGAGAUCAUUGUCUACUUUGAUUUGAUGUCUCUUGCCUAAGUUUUAUAAUGAUUUUUACUCUGUUACAAACUUGAAAUACAUAUUAAGUGCAUACCAAUCUUUGUUUUGCAUUUUAGGUUGAGUGUGUGACUCAUCAAAUAAAUGUGCCUAUCUUUUCACUUGGUUUUUGAACUACAAAAAUAAAAUCAUUCUCUUUUCAUAA